UUUUGGUUCAGUCAAGUUCGCUUGACGCCAUGGCACGACAUUGUUGCCUUGUGUUCCUGUUGAUAGCAACGCAGGCGCACAAGGUCCAGAGGAAUGUAGCACUGCGAGGAGGAGGAGUACAUGAUCAUCAGCUCCGUGUGUGCAAUGCGUACGCCUAUGAAGCUGCAGUGGACAUCCUUGUGGGGGAAGACAAACUCACGAAGGAUAAGCCUCUUCCCUACCGACAAUGCCAUGAUUUUCAGGUUCUGCUGCAGGCCAACGACAGGCUAGACUUCCGAAUUGGCAAUGCCACGACUGGAACAUUUUCAGUGUCAGAGUUGCCGCCCACAGAUGCAUUGCUAUUGCUGGUAGUAUUCCGCCAUGAUGUUGAAAGCACUGCCGUUUCCUUUGAGUCACACGUCUUCAUUCCGGCCAAGACCCCACAGGUGGCCAUUAUUGACACCUUCUUGGGCACCAGUGACUUCAAGCCAGUGAUUUGGGAUGGGAAUCAGACUGAGAAGCUGCGAUUUGGGAGGGUCAUCUCUGUGAAUCCGGGCAAGUACACGAUCCAGCUACAAAAUGAGGAAAAUGAAACCGAGGAUGCAGUUUCCAUGGAGACCAGACCAGGUGAGAACUACGUGGCUUUGCGAAUAGGUGCACGAGUACAGCACGGUCCAAGCUUUCGUGAGGAGCUGAUCACGUUCCCGCAGGCGAAGGCUGACAUGUUUGGCCGCAGCACCGCAUUUAUGGCAGUUGCGUCAAAAGAAGAGAAGGAGGUACAUUUUAGAUCGAGGGCAUCUCCCAGGCUCCGUGUUUGUCAUGCCUUCCCAUCAGAUGAGCCCAUGUCGGUUGCUUGGCGCGACAUGGUGCUCACUGGCGACCAGCCUCUGACCUACAAAACCUGCAGAGACUUGCAAGCUGCUGCCCUGAAGGUCGGAGAGGAGCUCCACAUCGGUUUGCGGAACGGUCCCAGCAACACUUUCCAGAUCUCUGAUUUUCCUGAAGGAGAACCAGAGGGAACGCUAUUGCUGGUUUGUUUUCGCCGUGGCCGCAGUACACUCGACCUCGAGUUCCACUCGCAUGCCUUUGCACCGACACGCAACAGCUCUGCACAAAUGGCAAUUCUUGACACCUAUGAUGGGCCAGUGAAGUCUGAGAUGUCGGAGCUGCACGUGGGCAGAGCGGGUGAAGUGAACGCAGGUGGUGGGGAGACGGUGUCCUUUGAUAGCAUCGUGACAGUGAAUCCGGGCGACUACAAGCUCUGGCUAGUGGAGGAUUCCAAGACUAAGGAUGAGGUGGGCUUCGAAGUUGAAGCUUUAUCCAGCUAUGUGGUCUUGCGCGUGGGCGGCGAAGCUCACGAAUCCUCCGGAAACAAAGAGUUCCCCCAGGAGUUGGUAGUCUUUCCUUAUACAGAGCUCAGCAGUGAUAUCUUCCACCGUCACAGGAGCUCGGCCUCGUCAAUGGCUGUGCCCCUCCUGGCAUUGUUGGCCCUUUGGGCCAUGUAAGUGGUUUGGCGCCGCGAAAAGAUCACUGCGCGCGCAAUGAGGG